GCUGUGUGGCACUUCUGCGGUGACGCGACCGACUGUCAGAGAAGCAAGAGACCGAAAGUCAGAGCAUCUUGUACCUACGUCGGAGUGAAGCAGUGCUUCAGCAUGUGGCAGGACUCUCUACCUCAGUAGUCAGCCUUCACCACCACCCCCACCCCCCUGCAUCCAAAGAGUGGAGAUGACCCAGCCUGACGGGCCCCUGCAUCAUGAACCUCCGCACCACCGGGGGCUCCUCACCCGUGGGCAGCCUGGGCCAUAGCUGGGCCCUCCUGUCCGCAGGCCGUGUGCCCUCCCUGCUGCAGACCAUGGUGCCAGCGGGCUACAGUGCCCUCCAGGAGGAGCGGCUAGUCAUGUCCGAGCUGAGCGGCGGCGGCAGUGGUAGCAACUCCGCCAAGCCCGAUGUGUUACUAAUCAAUGGCUACCACCACCGCGAGAGCCGGAGCCACCGGCAUCUGGAUCGUACGUCCCGCUCAUCGCUGUCGUCAGGCGACCUCGGAGACGGCCGGUACGGCGAGACGCAGCCCAUGCUGCCCAAUGGGGAGCUGUCGGCCGACGAGGACGCCGGAGACGCCGGGGAAGAGGAGGACGAGGAAGACGAAGAGGAGAUGGAGAGGCCAGCCCUGGGCCGCAACAUGCCCAAAGAGUCACCCCUGGCCAUGGCCCUGCAGAUCCUGGUGCCCUUCCUGCUGGCCGGCUUCGGCACGGUCUCGGCGGGCAUGGUGCUGGAUGUGGUGCAGCACUGGGAGGCUUUCAAGAACAUCACGGAGAUCUUCAUCCUGGUUCCUGCGCUGCUAGGACUGAAGGGGAACUUGGAGAUGACCCUGGCGUCUCGGCUGUCCACAGCGGUGAACGUGGGCAAGAUGGACUCGCCCAUCGAGAAGUGGAACCUCAUCAUAGGGAACCUGGCCCUCAAGCAGGUCCAGGCGACGGUGGUGGGCUUCCUGGCGGCCGUGGCGGCCGUGGUGCUGGGCUGGAUCCCCGAGGGAAAGUUCCAGAUGAGUCACGCCGUGCUGCUCUGCUCCAGCAGCGUGGCCACUGCCUUCAUCGCCUCACUGCUCCAAGGCAUUAUCAUGGUGGGUGUCAUCGUGGGCUCGAAGAAAACGGGCAUCAACCCAGACAAUGUGGCCACGCCAAUUGCUGCCAGCUUUGGUGACCUCAUCACGCUGGCCAUUUUGGCGUGGAUCAGCCAGGGGCUUUACAAUUGCCUGGACUCUCACCCGUACGUGUCGUCGGUGGUGUGUGCCUUCUUCCUGUCCCUGACGCCGCUGUGGAUGGUCAUCUCCUCCAAGCACCCGGCCAGCCGCACUCUGCUCUACUCCGGCUGGGAACCCGUCAUCACCGCCAUGUUCAUAAGCAGCAUUGGUGGCCUCAUCCUCGACAAGACGGUGUCGGAUCCCAACCUGGCUGGCAUCGUAGUUUACACGCCUGUCAUCAAUGGCAUUGGUGGGAACCUGGUGGCCAUCCAGUCCAGCCGCAUCUCCACGUACCUGCACUUCCACAGUGCCCCCGGGGAGGUGCCGGACGAGGCCAAGGGCUGCUACUACCCCUGCCGCACCUUCUGUGGAUCAGGAGCCAAUCACCGCUCUGCUCAGGUGCUUCUCUCGCUGGUCAUCCCAGGUCACCUGAUCUUCCUCUACACCAUCCACCUGAUGAAGAGCGGCCACACCACACUCACGCCCAUCUUCACCAUUGUCUACCUGGCCGCCGCCCUUCUCCAGGUGUUCCUGCUGUUGUGCAUUUCUGACUGGAUGGUCCACUCCAUAUGGCGCAGUGGCAAGGACCCGGACAGCUUCUCCAUCCCCUACCUGACCGCGCUGGGCGACCUCCUGGGCACCGCCCUGCUCGCCGUCAGCUUCCACUUCCUGUGGGUCAUCGGCGACCAGGACAGCGACGUGGGCGACUGAUGCCCAAUCCUCUCUCCUCUCUUUCUCUCUCUCCAUCUCUCUCUCUCUCUCUCUCUCUCUGUCACUCACUCGCUCUAUCUCUCUCUUUCUCUUUCCUUUGACUAAAGCAUUGGAGCAGGCAGGUUUCGUCCGUGCCUGAGCCAAUGGCAUCAUCAGUGGCUCCCUAACCAAUCAUUGAGCACCUGGAAUGUUUUCUGCUUCUCCUAUUGGGCAAGGGCAGAGCUACCUACAGUAUGUCAUAUGAGAUUACUCGGACCUUCCCAAUGAUGAGUUCCCAGACGUUAUCAGUCACCCAGGAGGAUGUAAGCUUCAUAUAUGUGUGUGUGCUUUUUAUAGGGACAUUUUUAUGGACGGUGUGUUUGUACGCUGGUGUCCUUUCUCGUCUCGUCGAGGAAGAAAGUGGAGACGAUUGAUCCCGUUUGAGCCUGCCAGACUCUUAGUUUAACGGCCAGCCCAAACGUCUUUGCAAUGUGCUUCAUAAAAUUUAUGGCUGAGAGGACUGGCGUGGGGAUUUUAAAUACAUGCAGUGGCACGGACGCACACACACACACACACACACAAUCACACAAUCACCGACUAAGGUUCUGGAGCCGUUCCUGAUGGCACUGCAGUAUCUUGAGCAGUGUUAUGACUCUGCAAUGGUUGGCUAAAUCACACACACACACACACACACACACACACACACACACACACACACUCAAGAGCCCUUCCUUUUGCACCUCAACACGCACACUGGGGUUAUCCAGUAGCCUCUGUAAUUGCCAUAGCCAAGCACUGAUUGUCUGUAUAAUUGCCAUACACACACACACACACACACACACACACACACACACACUGUUCAACCCUGUGUUCAGUGCAGAGUAAUUUGCUGGUAUUGUAGCAUCUGUCGGCGGUGCUGUUUGCUGUGCGGCGCGUCCAGGCGGGACCGAGAGCUGCUGAUGACGCCAGUGACUCAGUGGACGGCUGUCCGCUUCGCUCCCUCGCUCGCUCUCUCCCUCUCCACGGGCCUCGCUAGCUGCCGCUGCUGCCUUUGUCCACUGAGCAGCCAAGGGUGUGUGAAGAUCCAAGUGCCAGUGCUGUGACUAGUCUCAUUAACAUAUACACACACACACACACACAGUUGCCAAACACUAAUUCAGUGUCUUUGUAGUCUUUUUGUUGCCUAUUAUUUUCUUUUCUUUU